AUGGACAAUGGGAAAAAGAACAUAAUUAUUUCAAGAGAAUGUGGCAAUGCUCGAAAACAACACAACAAUACUUGAAAACAACACAGCAACAACAGAAUCAUACACAUUGAAACACCAAUCAGAAGAAGGAGGAGAGUCAAAAACAAGAGAAUUUGAAAACGACAAAUUCAACAUAGUUGACUAUGCGAAGCUGGUUGCUAAAAAAAAUAGUAGAAAAACUUGAAAACAACAGAAAAAAAACUAGAUCUAGAAAUCGAGAACAACAACACGAAGCUAAUAACAAACAACCAUUAUCCAAAAGUAGAUAAAAGUCAAGCAUACAAGGACAAGGAAACUCUGAAGAAUUUUCUCAACUACUACGCACAACCAAAGCGGAGGAAAAAACUAUAUUUUUAGUUUGAUUGGUUAGAUAACACUAUAUUUAGUGGCAUUUACUUUUUAUGUCAUAUUUAUCAUAACCUUAAUAAUUUUUUCUAUAUUUUUGAAAAUAGCCUCAAAAAAAAUACAAAAUUGGGCUUAGGAUAAAGCAAGGGUGCAAGAGCUUUUUCAAGAGGAAUUUACAAAUUUUAAAAGUGGUUUAUUUAAAUAUUGUACUUUUAGGUUUGACGAAUGUACAUGGUAUUUUUUUUUGAGAUUUUUACACCUCAUGUCAAAAUUGACACCUUUUUUACAUUUUUAUCCUUACACGGUUUUUUAAACUUUUUUAACUUUUACAUUUUUCAAUUUUACUUUUCAAAAAGUUUAAUAAUUACAAUUUUACCUUUUCCCUUCUUCCUUACACACGUACACGCACGCCACCUCAUAAAUCCUUUCUUUUUCUUUUUUUUUUUUUUUGAAUUUUUCAUUUACCUGAUUCUUCCACUCUUCAAACCGAGCUUCCCACGAUCACCAUUAUCAAGCCCUAACCAAUUUCUUCUUCCCACGAUCACCUUCUCCAAGCCCUCACCCACGUUUUCCUCAACCUACAUUGUCAUCCUCCUCUAUAUUUUCUCUAUAUAAAUGGCAACCACUAGAAGUGGUUCGAAAUCACCAUCUCCGGCGAAGAAAGUUUCUAAAAAAUCGAAGAAGGCUCCAACUGUUACUUCCAAAGUCGAACCUAAGAUGGGGUUAAAAAAAAUUGCUAAAAAUUUAGUGGCUGAUGUUCCAGAGACAUCGGGCACUAAGAAAAGAGCCCCUCCUGUUAAAGUAGAUGCUCCUAAGACUAAGAGAGCAAAAAUUUCCAAGUCUGCACGCGAUGUUUCCUCAGAUUCUGAUUUUGAGGAUGAAGUGCAUGGUGAGGACCAAAAGCCCAAAGUUGAAUCAAAGGUCCAUGCUAGGACCUCAGUGAAGGUUGAAGGAUUUGACCUACCAAAGAAAAAUCCCCCUAAGGAAUGGGAUUAUAUUUAUGACCAGAAGAAUCUAUUCAUUGCUAAAGCCUUUUCCACUGCUACUUUCCAGGUGAUAGAGAACAUUAAGUCUUGUCUUUCAGAUGUACAGCUUGAAAUGUUUUCAAAAACCUGUUUUGGUCAUUUCCUUAACCUUCCCGAUUUUAAAGUUCAACCCCAAGUGUUUCAUGGGUUGUUGCUCCGGGAGGUUCAGCAACCUAAUGAUGCUGAGUUGUGGGUAAUGAUACGCGGUGUUAGGCUUAGGUUUAGCAUUGAGGAAUUUGCAUUGAUUACUGGGUUAGACUGUGAAGGUGACUGUAGUGUCUUAGAUUUUAAGCAAGAGGUUAAUAGUCUUUGUGAAAGAUAUUGGCCAACUUCGUCCUCUAUCACUAAGGAAUCUGUUAGGGAAUGUUUUACCACCAAGAGGUGGGGUGAUUCUGAUGAGGAUGCUGUGAAGUUGGCAGUUUUGUAUUUCGUGGAGUGGUUCUUGCUUAGUGGCACUAAGCAUAAAAAUGUACCCAAGUCUAUUUUAGAUGUUGUAGAUAGUGGGAGGUACAAUGAAUUUGCUUGGGGCCGGAGUUCUUUUGAAUUGACUAUUUCCUCAUUGAAGGGUAAGCUUGAUAGUUGGGUUGAGGGGGUUAGGAAGGCAAGGAGUUCGGGAAAGAGGCCGAGUGUUUUUUACACUUUGAUUGGUUGUCCUCAUGUUCUUCAAGUUUGGUUCUACGAGUGUUGUAAGUACAUGAAAGGUAAGUACUGCCAAAAGGAAAGCUCUCGUAUUCCAAGGAUCACUCAGUGGACAUGCAAUAGUCAACCUACUUUCAAAGUUUUGAAGACUACUAUCUUUGAUGUUUCCAAAGAUAAGGUAUAUCUGUUUGUUGUAAUUUGGUUUUUCAGUAGUUGUUUUUGUGUUGUUUUUCAUUAUUAUUAAUCUUCAUAAUUGAAAUUUUAAUUUUGGUGUUU